UAAACCGGUUUAUUUUUUACACUCAGUUAACCGAAUCCCCGGUUACAACAUCUGAUAACCGGAUGCAUCGGUUAUUUCACAAAUUAAUGUUUUAUUCGAAUAGGCUGCGUUCGGAAUCCUACCUGUGAGGUAGAGUAGCGUUUAACUGACCAAUCAAAUCAAAGAGAUUUUUGCCUUUCUGUCUUGAUUGGUCAACUAAACUCUCCUAACUUAUGCGUUCAGCGAGCUGUGUUCAGAAAUCCAUGAGUAGGAUUUCUGAACGCAGCUUUAAUUAGUUGAUGGCAAAAAUAAUUGUGUGUCAUAUGUCCAUGUGUCGUGUUUGUUUCAUGGAUGUGCUAUGUUUUAUGGAUACGCAACUACGUAUAUUUUUUAAUAUAAAUAUUAUUGAAUAAAUUAGUAUUCCGUACAUUUAUUCAAUAGUAUUUCGUCGUAUUAUAUCAUACAGAAUAUGUCCGUUGCAACCAAAAAGAAAAGUGAAAUUUGGGAAUUUUUCACCAAAAACGGUAGUAAUACCUGUAUUUGUAAUUUGUGUGGAAAAGUUUAUAAAACUGGUGGAGCCAAGAAAUCAAAAAUAGUGGAAACAGAAGAAAUAGAAAAUGAAGCAAAUUUUGUUGAUAAUGACUCAUUUAAAAUAAUAGAGGAAGGUCAAAGCUCUCAUUCGGAGAUUUCAGGACUUUUAGUAGACAGAUUUGAAACUGUUGAAAAUAAUGUCCACAAUUCUGAUGUGAACUAUAUUUCAACGCCAACUUCACUGAAAAAUAAAAUCAUAUCUCACUACGAUUUUUCGGAUUCUAAGAGUUCCUCCAGUUCCAAUUUAACACAACCAUCAAUCGAAAAAAGUUUUAAAAGUCAAAGAAGUUAUGAGCCUGGAGGAACAAGAGAAUGUGAAAUUACGCAGAGUUUAUUGUAUAUGAUUUGCAAAGAUAACCUUCCCUUAAGCUGUACAGAAAAAGAGGGCAUGAAAAAAUUCUUAAAUACAGCGAUACCAUUAUAUAAAGCACCAAGCAGGAAAACGAUUACAUCCCUCAUAGAAAACAAAUACAUUUUCUUACAGGCCAUUGUUAGAAAUAAAAUGAGCGAAGUUAAUAAAAUUUCUAUUACAACUGAUAUCGCGACAGUUAUGAACGCAACUAGAAGUUUUAUUGUACUAACAGCUCAUUAUAUCGAUGAAGAAAAAUAAUGCAUGAAUGCAAUGUGUCUAGGAGUAAAAAAUCUCACUCCUCAUCAUACUGCAAUUAAUAUUUGUGCAGAUUUAAAUGAAAUGCUCGAACAUUGGAAUAUUUAAAAAAAAAGUAUAGUUUCUGUGACUACAGAUAAUGGUGCAAACAUUGUCGCUGGAAUAAAAAUGUUAUUAGCAAAAGAAAAUCCAGAAACUAACAUCCAUGUGCCAUGUCUAGCACAUAAUAUUAAUUUAGUGGUAUGCAAAGCACUUGGCGCUAUUGAUGAUAUUGUUAACAUCAUUGACAAAGUAAAACAGAUCGUUGCUUAUUUCAAGCAUAGUAAUGUUGCCCAAGAUAACAUGCGAAACGAGCAAAAAAAAGAUGGUAAAGGUGAUGGCACUUAUUUGUAUUUAAUACAAGAAGUAGCCACAAGGUGGAACUCAACGUUUUACUGUCUAGAAAGAUUCCAAUUAUUGUCAAAGUACGUGGGCAAAAUUUUGUCCUGUUCAACUCAUAAAAAUGUUCCGCCUAUGGUUACACCACUUGAGUUGGCAAUAAUUGAAGAAUGUUUAUUAUUAUUACGUCCAUUUGAAGCAGCAACGAAAGAUAUUUCUGGGGAGAAAUACAUAUCCGGAAGCUUAGUGAUUCCUCUCGUACAUUGUGUAAAAACUUCGUUACAACGAAUCAAUGUUACUAAUGAAAUAACACAGAAAUUAAAAGAAGAACUUUACAAGCAAACAGAAAAAAGAUUGGAUUCAUAUGAAAAAAAUUUAUUAUUAUCAGUAGCAACAAUUCUAGAUCCUAGAUUCAAGAGAAUUCAUUUUGCAUCACCAUUAAAUGCUGCAAAUGCUAUUAGAUAUAUAAAAGAGCAAAUACGUUGUCAAGGGGCAUUAACUCCGCCUAGAAUGGAGACUUCUCUAGAAAAAAAAGAUCAAGAAGAUAGUAUUUGGAAUAUUCAUGAAGAAGUUGCAGCAAAAUAUACAACAGAUCCACAAAGUCUUGAAAAUCAAGGCCUACCUACAGAAUUAAAACUUUAUCUUGAUCAACCCAUUUUAUAUAGAAAUCAUGAUCCAAUACAAUAUUGGGUAGAAAGAAAGAGUGCCUUUCCAGCAACAUUUCCAAUUGCCAUGAAAUUUUUAACAAUUUUAGGAGCAUCUGUUCCAUCCGAGAGAUUAGUUUCAACUUUAAAUAAUGUUUGCUCCGAUUAUAGAAGUCGGUUGACUCCCGAGCAUACUAAUCAAUUAGUUUUUCUAGGCUCGAUAGAUAAUAGUUAUUGGAGAUUGUAAUAAGAUUUUCAUUCGCAUAUUGGAAAUUACAAUAAAAAUUUUAAUUAAACGAAAA